UCUGUGGGCACCAGACUCAAGUCCAAGGCAGCCCCCCACACCAUUCCCCCACCCUGAGGUCACACCCUCAGGCUCAGAUACCCCGGGGUCAGGCUGGCGUUGCUCAGGCAGCCGGCUCUGCACGCUGGGCAGCUUCAUCUGCCCGCCUAGGUGGCUCCAUGGGGCGGGCCCCUUGGCCAGGGAGGGCGGGGCACACAGGGAGACUUAAAGAGCGACCCAGGUCCCCACCCGGGCCUGACCGCGCAGCUCCCACCAUGGCGGAGACCAAGCUCCAGCUGUUUGUCAAGGCGAGUGAGGACGGGGAGAGUGUAGGUCACUGCCCCUCCUGCCAGCGGCUCUUCAUGGUCCUGCUCCUCAAGGGCGUACCCUUCACCCUUACCACGGUGGACACGCGCAGGUCCCCGGACGUGCUGAAGGACUUCGCCCCCGGCUCGCAGCUGCCCAUCCUGCUUUAUGACAGCGAUGCCAAGACAGACACGCUGCAGAUCGAGGACUUUCUGGAGGAGACGCUGGGGCCGCCCGACUUCCCCAGCCUGGCGCCUCGUUACAGGGAGUCCAACACCGCUGGCAACGAUGUUUUCCACAAGUUCUCCGCGUUCAUCAAGAACCCGGUGCCCGCGCAGGACGAAGCCCUGUACCAGCAGCUGCUGCGCGCCCUCGCCAGGCUGGACAGCUACCUGCGCGCGCCCCUGGAGCACGAGCUGGCGCUGGAGCCGCAGCUGCGCGAGUCCCGCCGCCGCUUCCUGGACGGCGACCGGCUCACGCUGGCCGACUGCAGCCUACUGCCCAAGCUGCACAUCGUCGACACGGUGUGCGCGCACUUCCGCCAGGCGCCCAUCCCCGCGGGGCUGCGUGGCGUCCGCCGCUACCUGGACAGCGCGCUGCAGGAGAAGGAGUUCAAAUACACAUGUCCGCACAGCGCCGAGAUCCUGGCGGCCUAUCGGCCCGCCGUGCACCCCCGCUAGCGCCCCACCCCGCAUCUGUCGCCCAAUAAAGGCAUCUUUGUCAGCA